GGUCCCUUGCUGAGACCGCAGAUGCUGCCUAUGCUGAGUUUGAGCCGCACCUCCGCCCUCAGGGGAUACCUGCUACAUAUCCGGGAGAGGCGGUGGAGGGUUACAUGAGGUGGUAUAGCAGAGUGUCCCAUGUGUUCAUCAUCCCUGAGGAUAGGAGGGAGGAGCUUAGUGCCGUGUCUGCUAUACGUAGGGGUGUGGAGUUGUUGGAGCAGUCACUGGAGGUGCCAGGUGCUCUUGCUCCAGGGACACAGCCCCGAAUCCUCACGGAGAGGGCGCUCGAUCUCUUUCGACGGAGUUCCUUCGUUGGUACCCAGGGAGUUGCCUUUUCUGCUAUUCGAGGAGCCGCAGCUGCGGGAGGCAGAGCUCGUGGAGGCAGACCCCGUGGAGGCGGAGCCCGUGGAGGCAGAGCUCGUGGAGAGGGUGAUCCUGGAGAGGGUGUUCGUGGAGGUAGAGCUCGUGGACCCAGAGCUCGUGGACCGAUAUUGUUCUUCGUGUUCUGGGUAAUGGUAUAA